AUGCCUAACGUAUCUGCUUUCUUGCACUGGGACUCUCUUACCGCGCACUAUGCCUAUUUUAUCAUCACGUCCGUGAUCGGCAGUGUCAUACUCUAUACUUCCGCGCGGAUCCCGGGUUUUCAAUAUGCUGACGCGGCAUUCAUGAGCUUCAAUGCCAUGACUGGUACUGGGUUGACUGUUAUCGAUCUGUCGUUGAUGAACACCGUGCAACAAGCUACCUUAUUUACACUCUUUAUUUUGGGCCAUGCGAUUCCUAUCCUCGCGUUCCUCUCUUUUACACGCGCUUGGACGCUAUGUUCUUCCCUGAAAACACAGAGCGAUGGAAGGGGUGAAAAAAGUGACGCUUAUAUUACUGCUGUGGAUUUACCGGAAACUACAAUCCCAGAAAAACAAGAUGAUCUCUCGGGGAAGAGCAAAGUUUUACCAGAAGUGAAAGUUGCUGAGUUGGACACGCCUACGGAUAUUUUAUCGCCCAAGUCGGAUGCUCCAUACAGGGCUGGUACCUGUAUCAUUGUCACCGACCUAACACAUCCAGUACCGAUCCAAAGCUUUGUCCCCGUCACUGAAAAAGCCAAUGUGUUGAGCACCAAGCAAUGCAUCUCACGCAUCCUUGCCCGAUUCACGAGCGCGAUGCAGUACACGCAGAAACAUUUGAAGCGUAACGCCUCAGUCAAUCGCCGCAGUGAUCUAGAAGAAGUCGAAUAUAGAGCACUCAUGUUUCUAUCUGCCUUUAUUACCUUCUACAUCCUCGCCUGCCUAUCGUUUGGAAUCUUGACCGUCGGCCUCUGGAUACAAAUCUACAGUCCAGAAGUUUCACUUACUGACGGUAUAUCCCCUUUCUGGACGGGCGCCUUUCUCGCUACAUCCUCAUUUUCCAAUAACGGCAUGUCACUCAUCGAUACCAAUAUGAUUCCGUUCCAGAGACAGGCUGCUCCCCUUCUUAUCUGUGGCACUUUAAUUCUUGCUGGUAAUACGAUGUUCCCCUGUUUACUGCGACUAUCUAUAUGGACCAUGAGGAAGAUGCUCCCCGAUAGACCGACCUGGCAAACCUGGCGACAAACUUUGGAUUAUGCUCUCGUGCAGUCCCAAAGCCUGUGCUCUUCUCUUUUUCCUACUUGGCAUACAUGGUUCUUGUUUGGUACAGUUUUGAUGCUCAACGCUAUCAUGUGGGGAGGUUUCGAGCUUGCUGCAAUCCGGGAUAUGGAGAUCCGGGCUUUGCCUGCCAAGUACCGGGCUUUAGACGGCUUGUUUCAGUCUAUGUCAAUUCGUGGUGGCGGAUUCUCUAUUGUGGAAUUUGACGCACUGCCGCAAGGACUGCUGAUGCUAUAUGGCUUUAUGAUGUACCUAUCUGCCUUCCCAGUCUCAGCCGCAAUUGGAAGCAUAGCUACAUCAGAAAUGCCAAAAGACACCACAGACUCAACCUACCCAUCGUCAGCCCCUAUCUCAACUCCGUCUCCCUCAAGACUAGGCCGCAGCCGCUUCCUAUAUCAACAACUCCGCUCCCAAUUCAGCCACGACAUCUGGUGGCUCUCAUUCGCCAUCCUCCUCAUCACAAUUGCCGAAUCCGACCACUUCAAAUCGCAGCCCGUGGAGUUCUCCACCUUCAACGUGAUUUUCGAGGUCAUCUCCUCAUACAGCUGUGUCGGCGCUAGCAUCGGGUAUCCCGGGAGCAACUUUGCUUUCUGUGGCCAAUGGCAUACAUUCAGCAAGUUGAUUUUGGUGGCUAUUUCGUUGAAAGGGCGACUUCGCGGCUUGUCCAUUGCGACUACUACUACUAAUACUUCUACGUCCAAUUGUGCCAAAACUGUAUCUGUGUCUUUACCGUCUUAUGGGUCUUACGAGCUAGGUCAGGAUCGAGAUCAGGCAGGUCGGGCAUUUGGCACGGUGGAAUUGCGGGAGAAGGAAGCGUACAUAGAAUCUAAUCGAAGGAUAUCUUCCUGUGUUUGA